AUGCCAUUUCGAGAUCAUUGGCGUGAUGUCAAAGCUCUACAUGACGACGGAAUUCCAAUCGAUACGACAAGCGAUGAAGCAGCAAAAUUGUUUGAUGCAACACUGACACAAUAUAUUGGCUGGUACAACGACAAGCAAUUGGGUGGUAUCAAACCCAGUCUAUCUCGUCUUCUUGCUUCCGAUCCAAAUUGCGCCAGCAGUCGUAUUCUAGCCGCUGCUCUUGGAAUGUUCUCAAUGCCUCGUCCAUCUGUAUUGGCUCAUGCGCAACUUGUUGAAACACUCGGUGAUGCAGCAACUUCGCCAAAUCGCUACAUCAAUCUUCAUGCACAAGCGCUCAUCGAUUGGUCACUUGGCUAUCGAGAGCGCGCUACUGACACAUGGGAACUUAUCCUUCUCAGUUAUCCUUUUGAUAUCAUGACUUUGAAAUUUGCACUCGACACUUAUUUUCAUCUUGGCAACCAAAAUAUGCUUCGAGAUUCAGUUGCACGAGUACUACCUAUUUGGGAAUCAUCAUCGCCACAUCGUCCACUUAAAUCACAUUUGUACGGCAUGCAUGCAUUUGGUUUAGGCGAAACAAAUAUGGUACUACGAGCAGAAAAACAAGCUCGAAUUGGACUAGAACUCAAUGAACAUGACGCGUGGGCCACACAUGCACUGGUACAUGCUAACGAAUAUCUGGGUCAAACAUCCGAAGGCAUUGGCUUUUUGGAGAAAACUGACAACCUUUGGCAUCAAUGCGAUAUAAUCGCACCACAUAUCGACUGGCAUUGGGCACUAUAUGAAUUGGAACAAGGCAAUUGGGAGACGGCAAAAGAAAUUCUUCAGCGUUGCUUCUUGAACAACAAUGGAACAGAAUUAAGUCGAUUAAAAUAUACCGAUGCUGCCGCGUUGAUCUAUCGUCUUAAACUGGCUGGACAUCCAUAUCCAUCGCAAUCGAAUUCUCAAUUGAGACAGUUUCUCGAAGUUCAUUUGCGUGAUCAUCAAACACUUUUUAACGAUUUUCAUCACUAUUUCGUCUUGGAUAAUUUUGCCAAUACCGAGAUGAAAAAAGAUUUUCUUCGUUCACUGAAAGAAACAGUCGAAGCGUCCGAUACGAAUAUCGGAAAAUCUUACCGUGAAAUCGGUUCGCGUAUCUUUGCCGCACUUGAACGUUUUGACGAAGGAGACUAUGGUCAAGUAGUGGAGCUUCUGUAUCCCAUUCGAAACCGAACUGCUAUUGCUGGUGGAUCGAAUGCACAACGAGAUAUUUUCACUUUGUUACUGAUCCAUUCGGCAGUAUAUUCGAAUGAUAAUCAACAUCAACAAUUAGCCAAACGGUUGAUCAAUGAACGGUGUCAAAUGCGCGGGUCAACGAAAUCCAAAAUGAUGCAAAACUAUGCAAACACACUAUUGACGAACUGA